AUACACUUUUGGUUGAGGAAUUAUAAUUUUUUGCAGCUUAAACUUAAUAAAAUUAAAUCGUAAUAGCGGGAGUGUAGCCAUAAAUCAUAAGCAUAAAAUAUAUAUCAAUUAAAUUCAUUAAGUGUAGUUCAGUUAAAGUCAAGACUCUUAAUUAAUAUUCUCAAACAUGACGAAACAUUUCCUUUUGUGGUUGCUGAUUACGUUCACUACCUUCAUUUUAAUUCAAUCAAAGAAAGCUCCAGUUAAGUUCGAUGGUGAUUUCGAAUUUGUCGACGAGGACGAUAAAAAGAACUAUGUGAAAUUUUCGUUAUCAGAAAAAAAGAAGUGGAUUCACGACCCGUCAAAUGAUCUCUGUAAGCCAUUAAAUUGUAAGAAAAAGGAACUGUGCUUACUCGAGGAUGCUUACACGGCUGUUUGUGUUUCCAAAAAGGAGCUGCAUAGAAACAGGGAUGAACUUUUGGUAAAAUAUAAGUUAUUCGAGGAAGAAGCAAAACGAAAGGCUGAAACAGUUGAGAGUAAUGAGAAGAAUAAAUCAUCAUUUACUUCACCCGAUUACACCACCGAUAUUUCACGUGAAGACGAUGCUUCCAGCGAUUUCGAUGAGUCAAAAAAUAAAUGCAAGCCAUGUUCAACCGUAAAGACGUCAUUCUUAUGUGGAUCUGACAACAAAACCUACUCGUCAAUGUGCCGAUUAAAUUAUUAUAACUGCAUACAGGGAUUCGAAGUUUACAAAAUUUGCUCAGGAUUUUGUCCUUGCAAAGACGAACAACGUCGCAAUAAGCAGAAGGGCGAGCGCAAAAAUGGAUCGAACGGAAAGAACAAAAAGUCGAAGGAGGGAAAAAAGGAGGAUGAAAAUCAAUACUCAAAAAUUAAUUAUGCUUAUCAACUCACACCCGAGGAUUUAAAAUAUGAUAACAAGCAUUACGAGUUUAUUAAAUUUACUCCAGACAACAAGAAAUUGCGUGAAAAGCAAGCCAACAUUAAAGUCAAUAUCAAGGAUAAGAAUUAUUAUGAUGGACGUACAAUUGUGUCAAGCAGCAAAAAUUCCGACAAAAAAAGCGAAUGCAGUCAGGAUCAAUUAGUUGCCAUUGGCAAUAGACUACUUGAUUGGUUCUCAGUAAUUAUGUUCGAUUCCAAAAAGAAGCCAUUGUAUCACAAAAGUGUGAAAGAAGUUCUUUCCACGCCUUGUAAGACAGAAGUGAGAUUAAUGUUCCAUCAUUUAGAUGCUAAUUCCGAUGGAAUUUUAUCUGAGCAAGAACUGUAUCAGAUAGAGCAUGAUAAGAACGAGGAAUGUAUCAAGCCAUUCUUGGACACAUGUGACUGGGACAAAAAUAACAUGUUUGACAUACGUGAAUGGUGCAGUUGCUUUGAAAAGACCGAUCGUCCUUGUAUCGCUGUCCGACGUCGAAUUGAGAGCAACGAAGACAACAACUCACAAUAUACACCAAAUUGUGACGACCAAGGUUUUUACAGACCAAUACAGUGUCACAACAUCCUACAAGUAUGCUGGUGUGUUGAUAAGCAUGGCGUUGAAUUCGCCAACACACGAAGUAAAAAUAAGAAGCCUGAUUGUGAUGAAGUCUUGAAGAAUGCAUCAACCUUAAUAUCGGACUAUACAGACGAUGACGAAGAUGAUGACGAUUUGCGAGAAGAGAACAAAGAUGAGAGCAGCGGUGAUAAAUUAUUAAUGUUUUAAGUUUGUAGACCAUCACUGUGAAGCUUUCUCUUUUUGUUUAAAAUUAGAUACAUUUUGAUUGCCAUAGAAUGCAAUAAUUUGAUGAGUGAUUAUGUCAAUUUAGGUUCUCGAGUAUUUUUGAUUUGGAUGCAUAAGAUGCAUUCCUUAAAUGAUGAAUUUGCCUACGAUAUUAAUAUUAAAUAUAGUGUUAAUGAGAAUUAGCAAUUUGAUCAAGAUAUAUUUGAACAAAAAAAAAAGUAUGUUAAAUAAGUAGAUAUUGACAAGACAUUUUCUCGGAUCAUUAAACUUUCUUUUUGUAUAUUUCCUACGCAAAAAAAAAUCACCAAAAUUUCCUCACACACAUUCGCAUAUAAGCUGACGGAACUAAAUUCCUAAUAAGUAACUAGAUUGUCGUCAUACGGCAACAACUUUAAUUUCCUCCUUUUGCACAACACACGAUCGUUGCUUGAAGUACUCUGGUAUUUAAUAUUCUUUAUAAUAGUGAGGCUAUCAUUAUAGGACAUACAUACUUAAAAAGAAAGAAAUAAAUGUUUUGUACACUUUCUGUGCUUUUGUGGGACGGAAAGUUUAUGUUCAUUGUGAUUUUUCAUAACUUUUUUAUGUUGACUAUUUUCUUGAUUUCCUGAUUUUAAUCGAGAAGGAAAAAUGAAACUUUUUUCUACAUAAAAUUAAUUUAAAAAUGAAUAAAUAAACCUAAAUGUAAGAUCUGAAAUUGUAAUUCAAUUUUUUUCUCAAGAAUGCAGACAUAAGAUGAAUAAAAAAAAAC